AGAGACUAGAUGACACAGCCCUAUUGGAUGGUACAACAUCAACCUAUGUUCCUCCGCAUGACACCAAUGCUGCUGAGAUCACCCGGGAAGAACAUAACUAUGCAGCCCUGCACAAGAAUAUGGGCAUCCUGGUUGAGAACAUUGUGGUGUACAUUGCUGGAUGGGUGAUAAAGAAGGCUAUUGAUCAACUCCGCUGCGAAGACUGCAGAAUCAGCCUAGUGUCUGACACCUCUUCUGAGUCUUCAGUACACUACCAGGCAGCAUUGAAGUUCCUCAGCAUGAAGAACUGGAGCAGCAAGCUACAUGUACCAUCGGAUGGUGUCAUCGCAAUUCUCCUUAAGGCCGAGCAGCACCUGAGAGACCUAUCCAGUAUGAAGUAUGUAAACCCAAAGAUCAGCCUGGUGCGACUGCAGUAUCUUGUAUUACGAGAUGUUGACCCUGAUGUCCUGUGUUUGCACUCGCAUGUUAUGGAUACAGCACAAGGAAUAGACAACCACAGUUAUGACUUGGUCCGUUUGCUGGUCAAGAUCUACUUCAAUGUGAGGUACUAUCAUGUGGCUAGGCUACACACACAAAAGUUCCAGGCCAGGAGUGUGCGACAGAAACUAAACAAGUUGGUGUUGUUUAAGGGACAGUAAAAUGUGUGAGGGCAAGUCAAGCAAUGGGAAUGAAUAUUAUAUUAUUUUAUA